AUGGUCCUCACCGUCCUCACCGACAGUGAUGUGAACAAGAUCCUGCACUCCUUCGACCGCGAUGAUAUACUCGAGCUUCAAGCAUCUCUGGCGGAUGCACUUCACUGGUAUAGCACAAGCAACGACGCCAACGACUGUUGCUCCGACUUUCAACCUGAACGGACAGUGCUGAAACGAAAAGAUGGCUCGACUACUCUUUUCAUGCCUGCAAGUGACAUGACUGGGCAGGGCAUCAAAGUCGUGAAUGUCAUCCCACCGGAUGCAUCUGGCUUGCCGAGUAUGUCCGAGCUGGCGGAGAGCUUGAGCGACCAGAGCUCGACAGCAAGUCCACGAGCUAGUAUCUCGACGACUAGCACGGGUGAUAGUGUGAUCAGUCCUUCGGGUACGGCGAGCUCGGCAGCCAGUAUCAAGACGGCAAGCACAGGUCAAACAUCCAUCUCAUCCAAGGCAGACGGAACAGCCUCAUCCGGCAGUUCGACGAUCCACGGCUCUCUCACCCUCCUGGAUAGUCUAGGUCGUACGACAGGUCUCAUCAACGCCGGCGAGUUGACCGCUUUCCGUACCGCUCUUGCCUCGACUAUGCUCCUCAAGAAACGUCAUUCCGUGCACGAUGUUACCGUCUUCGGAGCCGGAAAACAAGCCUACUGGCAUCUCCGCCUGGCAAUGCUACUGCGCCCCGGUGAGAUUCACCAUGUGAACAUGAUCACUCGCAAUUUCGAUAGCGCACGAAGUUGUCUGAUGAGGAUAUACAACCCGCAACCCGAUGAUCCAGAGUAUGUGAAUCCCGUGGGACACAAGUAUAACAGUAAGACGAAGACGAAUAUCCUCACACCAGGCCAUACGGAAUACGAAAGACUACUCAAGGACUUCGUGAGGAGUAGUAAUGUCAUAUUCUGCACUACACCUUCCAACACACCACUAUUCCCGGCCACGUAUCUCACCAAUCCGGAAGGGAGGAAGAAGGGCCGCUACAUUGCUUGUAUCGGCUCCUACAAACCACAUAUGGUAGAGCUCCAUCCAGAUGUCCUCCGUGACGCCGUCGCACCUCAUCACGAGCAUAAACACCUUCAUCGACGACAAAAAGAGGGCGGCGCAGUCAUCGUCGAUACCGUCUCCGGUUGCUUGAAGGAGGCAGGCGAAAUCAUUCAAGCUAAACUCUUGCCGGACCAGGUCGUUGAGCUAGGAGAACUGUUCAUGUUGAAGCGGGAGGCGGAACGGCAGAAGGCGGCGCAUGGGCAUAAGGAAGAUGUGAAGGGGUGUCAGUUUCAGGGGAACUCGGGGCUGAUGGAGUGGUUGACGAAGGGGAAUGUGAUUUAUAAGUCUGUGGGUUUGGGGUUGAUGGAUGUCGUUGUUGGCAGUGAGUUGGUUAGGAUGGGGAGGGAGAGGGGGGUGGGGACUACGAUUGAGGAGUUUUAG